AUGAGCACUGUCGAGGAUCAACGCCGAGGAAUGGCCCAAGCCGAGGCCGCCGGUCUCGAGCUCCUCGGCCCUUGUCCGCCUCAUCUAGGCGAGGCUUGGAUCGACAUCCCACUGCCAGAUGGACAGGUGAACCGCACCAAAAUUGUUUGGCCAAAGCCCAUCGAAGGCCAGUCUUUGCCUCUGCAGACAUCGCUUGUCGUAUACUUUCACGGGGGCGGUUUCGCCGUCGGCAGCCCAGACAUCGUCCUCGCACCCACCCGAGGCUUCGCAUCCAUGUUUCCAACUGUCGUCGUCUGCCCGUCCCUCAAUCAACUGCCCGAGCAACCAUUCCCAGCGCCCGUACAGAUUGCCUGGGAAGUCUGCGCUUGGCUUUCUGAUGCGAAGCACUUGAACGGCGGAAUCCUGGAAGCCGAGGAUGUCAAAGUUGAUCUGCAUCGCGGCUUUGUCAUUGGCGGUGUCAGCGCCGGCGGCGGUGCCGCAGCGAGUAUCGGUGGGAUAUCGGCGGCGAUCGCGGCUGGGUCGAAUGGCUUCGAUGGUCUCAGCCCCUUGAGAAGUCCCAUCACGGGGAUCUUUUCGGGCACCCCGAUGCUCGCCACCGAGACGAUGCUGCCGCCGCGUUUUAAAGAGAUGUUCAAGUCCCGUGAGGAGAACGGCGACGGUACCGGGCAGACCAGUGCAAUGGUCCGAGAACUUGAGCAGCUCCUCGGCACUGCCGUUAACACACCAUGGUUCUCGCCGAUUCACCUGGACUCAUCAAACCCAGCAUUUGCCAAGAAUCAUCCGCCCAAGGUCUUUACCUACUACACGACACUUGAUCCCUUCCGCGACGACUGCCUAAUUUACAACAAAUGGCUUUCAGAAUUGCCGGGUGUCGAGUCUCGAACUUCGGCGGUUGAGAAUGAGAGCCACACAGCGUGGGUGUCACUGCCGCCGCCAGAGUGCCAUAGUCGGAGGAUUAAGGAGGCAACACUCGACGGUAUUUCCUGGCUGCUCGGUCUCGAUUGGAACAGGAGGAGAUCCGAUUUACCUACUUAA